GCUAGUGUCGGCUGUGAGUUGGAUUAUGCCUAUAGCCCUCGCUAUCCAUUUAACUUUCCAUUAAUUUGCUUCCAUCACAAUUAUUUUCCUCUUUCAUUUUCCUCUUCACUUGUUAUCUUCAACAAAACAAAACCCAAUAGUACUAAGUUCUUGUCUGCAAACAACCAUGGAUACCAUUAGCACUAGCAGCACAAACUCCGUGAUUAGUUCUCUACAACAAAAGACACCAACAAAAAUAACCAAAUCCAUAAAGAAAAACAACAAACCCAUCAAGGUAGUUUAUAUUUCCAACCCUAUGAAGGUUAAGACAAGUGCCUCUGAAUUUAUGGCACUGGUCCAAGAACUCACUGGUCAGUACGCUGAAUCGCCGCCGGAUCCUUCGAAAUUUCAAGAGUUCGUCGGCGAUAUCAGCGAUGCUGACCCUGAGUAUAUUAGAAUGGGUUGUGAUGAAAAUGAUCAGAUGGUUGUGGCUGUGCCUCCUCUUGUGGAUUCUGUUGAUCAAGUGGUGGAACCUGGUGGAGGAUGCUCAUAUGAGGGUUUUGAUGAAGAUGUACUUUUGAUUCCUCAGAUGGUGGAGAAUAUUUGGGAUCUGCUUCCAACAACUGCAUUUUAUGAAACUUUUCAACUUGAUAGCUAUUGAUUCUGUUGCUGCAGUGUAAUUAUAUAUAUUAUUUGGUAUGGUCAAGAUAGCUUAUAUAUAUUCUCUUAAAACAUAUCUCUUUAAUAAGUCUCUAGAAGUGUCAAUAUGUGUCAUUUUAUUAGUUGCUUCCAAUAAGUGCAUUUUAUGUGACUGAACCUGAUGAAUGAUGUUAACUGUAUCUUAAAUUUUGAUACUUUGUUCAAUUUUUGAAUGAUUUGGAUAUUCUCCCA